AUGGCCUCAGGCACAGCUAACACCAUGUGGGAGGAAGUCACCUGCUCCAUCUGCCUGGAGCUGAUGGCUGAGCCAGUGUCCAUAGACUGUGGACAUUUCUACUGCCGUUCUUGCAUAUUAAAAAAUCUUGAGAACCAGCAACAGAAGUCACCUUCCCAGAAAAACUACCAUUGUCCUGUAUGUAGGGCACAGUUUCAAAGGGAGAGCAUCCGACCCAGUAAGCAGCUAGAAAACAUCAUUGACACCAUUAAGAAGAUGGGGCAGGAACAUCUGUGUGAAGAACACGGAGAGAAGCUCAGCCUGUUCUGUGAAGAUGAUGGUCAGCUCAUCUGCUUGAUAUGUGAGCGGAAAUCAAAGCACAAAGGGCACACCACAGUCCUUACUGCAGAUGCCUGUCAGGGCUACAAGUCUCAUAUUUUUAAUAAAGAAGAAAGCAUCAAGUCUAGUUUUAAUGUUUUUCACAUGAUUCUACACAUGGAGGAGAAAUCUUAUCUAUGGAGACUAGAGAAUGAAAAGGAGCAAGUUCUAAAGAGACUGCAGGACAUAGAAGCUCAGUUGGAGAAGCAAAGCCAGGAACUCAAUAAACUUAUCCUUGAACUGGAGAGGAAAUGUCAGAGCUCAGCCCAUGAGUUACUGCAGGAUGCGAGAGACACUUUGGACAGGAUUUCUGCUAUGAAGUUCAGUGCACCAGAGGACGUCUCUUUGAAAAUUCCCAAUAUGCUUGAUGUUAAUCGCAUUUUCUCUGAAUUGAUAAAAUUGUUUGAGACUGAUUAUGUUGAUGUUACUCUAGAUCCAGAUACAGCUCACAAUGACCUGUGUGUGGAGAAGAAUAAAAACAUCGUGUUUGGUGGAUCCCCCCAAGUGAAGCCUGACACUCCUGCUAGGUUUAAAGACUUACCCUGUGUCCUGGGACGUGAAGCCUUCACCUCAGGCAAACAUUUCCUUCAAAUGCGUCUUAUUGGUGGACCUGUGUGGGAUGUCGGGGUUUGUCUAGAAAAUGUGCCAAGAGACAAUGACAAGACACGGGAUCCUGAGUCUGGAUUCUGGGCCAUCAGACGCUGUGAAGAUAAUAACUAUGUAGCUCUAACGUCACCCCUAACACCUCUCAAUAUACAGCAGUACUUUGGUUUUAUAGGGGUUUUCCUGGACUAUGAGGCUGGACUUGUUUCCUUUUACAACUGGCAGACUGGCUCCCACAUCUUUACCUUCCCAAAGGCCUCUUUCCCUGAGCCUAUCAGGCCUUAUUUCUGCAUCACUGAAGAUUCUUAUUUGAUUAUUUAUAACCUAGCCAUAUAUUUAUAA